AUGGCUACUCUGGGGGUUCCCAAUGGCUCCUGGGCCGACCGAUAUCAUUCGGCGCGAUCUUCGAUAACAACCUACCUACAGCAGCUUUACCAUUUUCGACCGAGGGCUCGACCGACGAGAACUCUGUUCCUCACAGCGACAGCAUUCCUGCUCUUUAUUUUCCUUCUGUCGCAUUCUCCCACUGAGCCAGCCGUCAAUUACUGGUUAAAAUAUCCAUCAUAUCGUUCAUCUCAAGAUCGUCCCGAAGACCUACAAAUCGUUCAUACAGGAAGACCUGCCCUCACCAGAAAUGAUACGCUUCCAAGCAACCUCCAGAAAAAUAACCCCUCAUUCCACCUCGUCAUUCCCGCAAAGAGCAAAUCCCCCGCCCUUUGUCGCAUGUUGACUUCCGCCAUGAUUCUGAACUAUCCGCCACCAACGCUGAUUAACUAUGGAAAAAAACUCCCCGAUGGAGCUAAAGAAUAUGAUGUUAUGAAGGACCGGAUCAGCGGCAUAUAUGAGUUCCUGGACAAAACACGGCACGUGCAAGACAAUGACUUCGCCCUCAUCGCCGAUGGGACAGACUUCUUUUUCCAAUUACCCCCAGAUGUGUUGAUCCAACGAUUCCAAAAGCUUCUGAAGGAGAAUAACGCGAAGCUGGAACAAAAGUACGGCCUUGUGAUGGUUGAAAAGGCUUUUGAACAAAGCCCUCCGGAGACAGUGCAAAAGUAUACACAGAGAGUCCUAUUUAGUGCUAGCAAGGAGUGCUGCCCUGGCCUCUCUCGUGAUGCAGGGUGUGUUGCAGCACCGGAGUCCAGCCUCCCCCCAGACAUUUAUGGGUGGAAGACUGACCGCUACCCGGACGGCACCCUUACUCGACCGCGGUGGAUCAAGCCAGGCGUAGUGAUCGGCCAAGUCGCAGAUCUAAAGGCAAUUUAUGCCGAGAUACUGCGCUUCGUUGAACACAACCGCAAUGUGCAAGGGGACUAUGUCGCUCUGACCCAAUUAUUCGGACGACAAGAGUACGUACGGGAACUGGAAAGACGCAGAACCUCUAGCCCAUUUAUGGAAUGGAUGUAUACACAAAUCGGCAUUUCCGAAGCCUCGAACCUCACAGGACUGCACCCGCGCCUGGAGACCGGCCACCGGUACGAGUACGGUAUUGGUGUUGACUAUGAAUCCCGGCUUUUCUUUAACAUGUGGAAUUCCAAGAACGACGUGGAAUGGCUACAGUACAACAAUGUCUCCAGGACAUCUACCGUCCAGAUGCAGCAUGGCGUCCCACGGGAGAGGCGCCUGUUACUUCCCGAGGAUCUCAAAUCCGAGCAAGUCAGCAAUCCAUUUACCCAGCCCAAGGUUGGCAAAGAUGAACCUCUCAACCCCCCUUACAAUACUACGCUGGACGCCCUCCCAAACCCUCAACACCGUUCAUGGCACAAUCUCCCCCUGCUGACCAAUAUCCACUCGGCCACGGUCCCUGCCCUGGUUCGCCUGGAUGGAGACCCAAAGCUGCGAGAUACAUGGUGGUCCAAGAUGUGGUAUCACCCCUGGGCACGAGCUCUUCUCCGCAAGUAUUUGCGCUCCCCGAGCGGGUUCGAAGUUGCGCAGUCGGCCUUACUAGGAGGCCAAGAGUGGUGGGAUCUGCGAGGCGGUAAGGGCGGUAUUUGGACCGAGAAAGGCGAGUGGAUCGAUUACAGCGAAGUUUGCGUGGGCUAUGAACGGGACCUGUUCAACGAUGGCUUCGGCAAGUGGAGGAAAGAGGCCGGAGACUCUGAUGAGCCGGUUUAUAACCAGUUUGGCCAGUUGAUCAAGGGCAAAGAAGAGUGA